AUGAUAGCCAGCGAGUACCGUCGUAUGCCGCCUCUAUACAGCCUGGAUGAUUACAAUGAAUGCUUGUCUGAUCCUGGAGGUACUUACUGCCUCCUUGACCUCGAUCUGUUCUCAAACCAGCCCUCGGAAUUAAUGCGGUACAUACAUGAAUAUUCAGCAGAUACACAGAAACAUUUCAACCACACACAAAUACAUAAAGGUGUGUGUGUGACGCGACGUUGCUCACAUGCGAACCACACCGAAUGGGACCACAAUACGACCCUUGCGGCAUGCCUUAAUGAUUCUAUAUGGAGGAAUUAUAAAUUACAAGCGAGUCUGACUAAAAUUCAUUAUUGUGACAGUGCUGAUGAUAGAGGAGGUUUGGACUCGAGCGAUUUAGCCGUGAUUAUUGUUUAUAUGAUUUUACUUGCAGUCAACGUUAUAGGAAGCCUCUACGAUGUCCUUUUUUGCCAUCCAAGCAAUAAAUCAGGCAAUCCGUAUAUUCUGUCGUUUUCUCUGAGACGGAACUGGGCAAAGCUAGUAGCGCCCGGCGGCGUAGGGCCCGAUCCUAGGCUGGAGAGGUUGAAAUCUUUUCAAGGACUAAGGGCCAUGACGAUGGUAUGCGUUAUAUUUUCACACGUCGCUCUCGCGAUGGGAUACAGUUAUUUGGAAAAUCCUGAAUUCGUAGAAAAGAGUUUCGAUGACCCGAGCAAGCAGAUCCUGUUCAACGGCAAUCUGGUGACGCACACAUUCUUCGUGAUGUCCGCUUUCCUGUUAGCCUACAACUUCCAGAUCAACACCGAGAAGCACAAAUCAACUCUGUGGGACUUCCCAAAAGGAAUACUGUUGAGAUUAAUCAGACUGACGCCGACGUACGCGCUGGUGCUGGCGACGAGCGCGACCGUGGUGCGGCACAUGGGCAGCGGGCCCAUGUGGCGGAUGGUAGUCGGCCGACAGGUCCGCGACUGCCGACAAUACUGGUGGACACACAUGCUGUAUAUACAGAACUACAUGUCCACAGAUAAUACCUGCCUCUUGGAGACUUGGUACUUGGCUGCGGACAUGCAGCUGUUCUGUGUAGGCCUGCUAGUGUGCCUGCUGUGCCGGCGGCCGCGCGCCAAGCGGCUGGCGCUAGUAUCGCUCUUCUUGUUAUCUUUGGUCAUAUCGGCAGCUACUACUUACUUCAGAGAUCUCGAUCCUAUCAUCUACCAAAGUCCUGAAAUGAUACGUAACCUGUACACGAAGGACUGGACAUUCCAUUACUCGUAUAUCCCGGGUCACACCAACCUGGCGCCGUACGUGCUGGGCCUCGCCGGCGGCUUCCUCGCAUACCACUAUCAGGUGGAUGCCAAAGAUAUGGAAAAGUAUAAGAAGUACCGAUACGUAGUGUGGGCAAUUUUUCCUAUUGGGGUCCUGCUGAUUCUGUCCGGUGCCGUGUUCUACAUGGACUUCGUGGUUCCUACUGCAUUGAAACUGAUAUACGCAACUCUCUACAGACCACUCUUCCAAUUGAUGGUUGCCAUUUUUAUCAUGGCUUGCGUCUUUAAAAUAGAAUCUUUUUACCGCUGCAUUGUGGAAUGGCGCGGGUUGACUUGGGCCGGUCGGCUGACAUACGGCUGUUAUUUGUUGCACACAUCGUUCCAAAGAGGAUUUGUUGGCUCACAAACACGGACUAUACACAUAAACGAAUACACCAUGUUAGUGGUGACGUUUGGAACAAUGUUUAUGUCAACCCUGGCGUCUGGAGCGCUGUGGUUGUGCGUGGAAUCUCCAGUAGCGGCGCUCAGCAAAGCAUGCUUCGCAAAAAAGAAACGAAUUGAAACUUAGUACUUAGU